AUGCUCGCGAUCUGGACUCUGCUGGUUGGGUUGGUGGCAGCGACCACUGUGGAUGAGCUGGUCGGGACAUGGUCGACGAAGUCUCGCAAUGUGCUAACAGGAUCAGGCUUCUACGAUCCUCUUCGUGAUCGAUUCAUUGAGCCCAACUUGACUGGCAUCUCCUACUCAUUUUCUUCUGACGGCUACUAUGAACAAGCCCUCUACCGCGCUCUAGCCAAUCCCGCUGAUCCAUCAUGUCCCACCGGAAUGAUGCAAUGGCAGCAUGGCUCUUAUAUCUUGCUCUCCAACGGUUCUUUGGUCUUGACUCCUAUCGCGGUUGAUGGGCGACAGUUACUCUCGGAACCGUGCAAGAAAGACAGCAGUACCUAUAUCCGUUACAACAACACCGAGCUUGUUAAAGCGUUCUCUGUGCGAAUUGACCCAUACCACGGCAUUCGAAGAUUGGACCUGACACAGGGUGAUGGCAAAAUUAUGCAGCCAAUGUAUCUUGCGUAUCAAACACCAAAGAUGCUUCCAACCUCAACCUUAAAUCCUACGCCAACCAGCUCCCGGAAGAAGCGCGAUUUGUCUGCAUCAAACCUUCAUUUGGUUAUUAAGGAAGAGCUUGUCAAUUCGGAUCGGUGGUGGUGGACGGGACUCUUGAUGACCUCUCUCGGUGGAGUAGCUUUUUUGUGUUCCUAG